AAAUUUUUCCAUAACCUUAUGGAGAGAAAGGACUUUGAGACAUGGCUUGAUAACAUUUGUUACAUUUCUUUCUCUGACGGACUUGCAGAAAAAAAUGGAACUCUGGAUCACCUGAUUAGUCUGAGUGGGGCAGUCCAGCUCAGGCAUCUCUGCAAUAACCUGGAGCCUCUCCUCAAGCGGGACUUGCUCAAACUCCUUCACCUGGAGCUCAGUUUGUUAAAAUGGCUCGAUCCCCAGACUUUACUCACAUGCUGCCUUGUCUCUGAACAGUGGAAUAAGGUGAUAAGUGCCUGUACAGACGUGUGGCAGACUGCAUGUAAAAAUUUGGGCUGGCAGAUAGAUGAUUCUGCUCAGGACGCUUUGCACUGGAAGAAGGUUUAUUUGAAGGCUAUUUUGAGAAUGAAGCAACUGGAGGACCAUGAAACCUUUGAGACCUCAUCAUUAAUUGGACACAGUGCCAGGGUGUAUGCACUUACUACAAAGAUGGACUUCUCUGUACAGGUGGUUUUGCAGAAGUGCAAAGUCAAUCUCUUGCACAGCCCUGGAGACUACAUACUCUUAAGUGUGGACAAAUAUGAGAUCAAGAUUUGGCCGAUUGGGAGAGAAAUUAACUGCAAAUGCUUGAAGACAUUGUCUGUCUCUGAGGAAAGGAGUAUCUGCCUGCAGCCAAGACUUCAUCUUGAUGGCAAAUACAUUGUCUGUAGUUCCGCGCUGGGUCUCUACCAGUGGGACUUUGCCAGUUAUGAUAUUCUCAGGGUCAUCAAGACUCCUGAGAUAGCAAACUUGGCCUUGCUUGGCUUUGGAGAUACCUUUGCCCUGCUGUUUGACAACCGCUACCUGUAUAUCAUGGACUUGAGGACAGAGAGCCUGAUUAGCCGCUGGCCUCUGCCAGAGUAUAGGAAAUCAAAGAGAGGCUCAAGCUUCCUGGCGGGCGAAGCAUCCUGGCUCAAUGGACUAGAUGGGCACAAUGACAUGGGCUUGGUCUUUGCCAACAGCAUGCCUGACCACAGUAUUCACCUGGUGUUGUGGAAGGAGCACGGCUGAUGCCACGAGCUUACCAUGGCUGACUGACUUUGGGUGCCCGGGCUGCAGGUUUUCAGUGCAACCUCUGUGGUACCCAGCUAUACGAACCAAAGUUCUCACCUAAUGGUAUCAUUGUGCAGUGCACAAUCAUUUAUCCAUGUUUGCCAGGGGGGCCAGGGCUCGGGGCGGGGGAGGGCUUGUUUUAUUGACAUACAGCGCAGCAUGCUAGUGGGGGUAUGCCACUGACUUCAUUUGUACUUAGUUAUGUUGGUCAGUAUAAGAGGAUGCAUUUUGGGUUCAUCUUUCUUGACUAUUGGUUUUAAGUAAAGAAAGUUAAAUGGCUCAUUAAUCUGCUAAUUGGUUGCCUAUAAAAACACAUUCAGUCUAUUAAAUUAAAGCUUUUUACUAUAAAAAAAAAAAGAAUUCUACCAAACAUUUAAAGAAAAAUAAACAUAAUUUUCACACAAUCUCUUCCAGAUAAUAGAAAGGAGAGAACAAUUUCAAACCAGUUUUAUGAGGUCAACAUUAUCCUGAUGUGAAUACUAAGACAAAGACAGUAUAAAACCAUAGACCAAUUUAUCUCAUGGAUAGAGAUGCAAAACUACUUUAAACAUAUUAGCAAACAUGGGGCACCUGAGUGGCUCAGUCGGUUAGGCAUCCAACUCUUGAUCUGGACUCAGGUCAUGAUCUCAUGGUUUUUGAGUUUGAGUCCCUGGUUGGGAUCUGUGCCGCCAGUGCAAAGCCUGCUUAGGAUUCUCUCUCUCUGCCCCUCCCCCGGUUGCGCUCGCUCUCUCUGUCUCUCAAAAUAAAUAAACAUUAAAAGAAAUAUUAGCAAACAGAAUUUAGCAACAAAAAAAGAAUUAUAUGACAUGACCAAGUAAGGUUUAUUCCAAGUAUGCAAGGCUGAUUCAGUAUUUAAAAAUCAUUCAAUGUAGUCUACCACAUUAAUGAGAUAAAUAAGAAAAACCAUAAAAUUAUAGCAAGUAGAGACAAAAAUGUUUUUUGACAAAAUUCAAAAUCCAUUCAUAAGAAAUACUCUCUGAAAACUGGAAAUAGGAGAAAUAAGAGAGCUUCCUCAAGUUGAUGAAGAAUGUAAAAGACCUCCUGCCAAAUAAUAUAACCUGGUGAAAGACUGAUGCUUUCCCUCUAAGACUGGAAACAAGGCAAAUUACCACUGCUCUUACCACUCCUAAGAAAGUUCAGCAAGCUCUCAGCAUAAAAGGACAUAUAAAAAUAUUCUAUAAACUAACAACUGAUAAGAAAACAAAGUAAAAUACAAUGCCGUUUACAAUCCCUCAAAAUAAUCAAAAAUUGAUUACUGAUUGAGGUAUACAUUGAAUAAAACAUGUACAGGACUUUUAUACUGAAAACUAUAAAACCCUGAUAACAGAAAUCAAAGAUCUAAAUAAGUAUAUAUCAUUUGUUUACGGAUUGUAACACAGUACAGAUAUUAACUCUUAUAAGAAUUGGAAACUGAUACAUUAAAUGUAAUUGCCAGAGCAAGUAAGAUUUUAAAAAACACAACAUUAUUCUAAAUUUAUAUGUAAAGCUGAAGUAAUCAGAAGAGAUAAAACAAUGUUGAAGAAGUAUGAUUUGGGAAGCAUCACUUUACCUGAUUUAGAAAACC